GCUGAACCUCUUCAGACACCGUAGGCAGUGGAUCCCGUGCCGGGCAAAAUGGAAGUGAAUCCCCCCAAACAAGAGCACCUGCUGGCGCUGAAAGUGAUGCGGUUAACUAAGCCUACUUUAUUCACCAAUAUUCCAGUAACAUGUGAAGAGAAAGACUUACCUGGAGAUCUCUUCAACCAACUGAUGAGAGAUGAUCCUUCAACUGUACGUGGUGCAGAAAUUUUAAUGUUGGGAGAAAUGUUGACUUUACCUCAAAAUUUCGGAAAUAUAUUCUUGGGAGAGACCUUUUCCAGUUAUAUCAGCGUUCAUAAUGAUAGCAAUCAAAUUGUAAAAGACAUAUUGGUAAAAGCUGACCUGCAGACAAGUUCUCAGCGUUUAAAUCUUUCAGCUUCCAAUGCUGCAGUGGCUGAACUUAAACCUGAUUGUUGUAUUGAUGAUGUCAUACACCAUGAAGUUAAGGAAAUUGGAACACACAUCCUGGUGUGUGCUGUGAGUUAUACAACUCAGGGUGGAGAAAAAAUGUACUUUAGAAAGUUCUUCAAAUUUCAGGUUCUCAAACCAUUGGAUGUGAAAACCAAAUUUUACAAUGCAGAGAGUGACCUCAGUUCUGUGACUGAUGAAGUAUUUCUUGAAGCUCAGAUUCAGAAUAUUACAACCUCACCCAUGUUUAUGGAGAAAGUUUCAUUGGAGCCAUCUAUAAUGUAUAAUGUAACAGAAUUAAAUUCUGUCAACCAAGCUGGAGAAUGUUUAUCAACAUUUGGGUCAAGAGCAUAUUUGCAGCCAAUGGAUACACGCCAGUACUUAUACUGCCUAAAGCCCAAGAAGGAGUUUGCAGAAAAAGCGGGUAUCAUUAAGGGAGUUACAGUAAUUGGAAAAUUGGAUAUUGUAUGGAAAACAAACCUUGGUGAAAGGGGAAGAUUACAAACCAGCCAACUUCAGAGAAUGGCUCCAGGUUAUGGAGAUGUUCGGUUGUCUUUGGAGGCAAUCCCAGAUACUGUAAACCUAGAAGAACCUUUUCAUAUUACCUGUAAAAUAACUAACUGCAGCAGUGAAAGGACGAUGGAUCUGGUUUUGGAAAUGUGUAAUACCAGUUCUAUCCAUUGGUGUGGUAUUUCAGGAAGACAGCUUGGAAAGCUGCAUCCAAGUUCUUCUCUCUGCCUUGCCCUUACUCUGCUGUCUUCGGUACAGGGACUACAAAGUGUUUCCGGCUUAAGAAUAACAGACACAUUCUUAAAGAGAACAUAUGAAUACGAUGACAUCGCACAAGUCUGUGUGGUAUCUUCAGCCGUUAAAGUGGAAAGCUAAAGGAAAUUCCCAGUGUUAUGUUUUUUUCAUUUGUUUUCACAUAACUGCUUUCUGUAUUUUUUUCACUUUUGUGAAAUGUUCAAAUCAGUAGCAAAAAAUAAGUAUAUAUUGUUUUUCUUUCCUGUAAAAAUUAAAAUAUUAAAUAUUUGUUUUGAGAAGAAUCAAAUUUUAUCUUGUGAGUUAUAUUCUUAAGUGGACAUUUUUAUGUUUUCUAUACUUUGCUUCAUUUUAGGUGACCUUUGGACUUUGUUCUACAAAAGUUCUAUAUUUGAGGCCAUUUGUCCUUUAGCAAGUACCUAGAACAGUAGUCAGCAAACUUUUUUAAUAAAGGGCAAAAUACCAAAUAUAGUGCAAGAGCAGCUGUAGGCAAAAAAAAAAAAAAAAAGCACAGUGGUAUUUA